CACACACACGUCUGCAACAUGGCCCGGCGGCCGAGAAACAGUGUUUACAGCAGUGAGGAGGAUGAGGAGGAGACCGAGAUGUAUGAACAUGAUUACGAUGGAUCAAUGGCCAAGGCAGGGAAACGCCACCUCGGCAAAACGCGCUGGACACGAGAAGAGGAUGAGAAGUUGAAGAAACUUGUUGAGCUUCACGGAUCAGAAGACUGGAAGCUCAUCGCAAGCUUGUUAACUAAUCGAACAGAUGUGCAGUGUCAGCAUCGGUGGCAGAAGGUGCUGAACCCAGAACUCAUCAAGGGGCCAUGGACUAAAGAGGAGGACCAGAGGGUGAUCGAGUUGGUCCAGAAGUACGGAGCCAAGCGCUGGUCGGUGAUCGCCAAGCACCUGAAGGGGCGGAUCGGCAAGCAGUGCCGCGAGCGCUGGCACAACCACCUGAACCCGGAGGUGAAGAAGACGUCAUGGACGGAGGAGGAGGACAGAAUCAUCUACCAGGCGCACGAGAAGCUGGGCAAUCGCUGGGCGGAGAUCGCAAAGCUGCUCCCUGGCAGGACUGACAAUGCCAUAAAGAACCACUGGAACUCCACUAUGAGGCGAAAGGUGGAGCAGGAGGGCUACCUCCAGAGUGCAGCCAAGAACGGCAACUCUGCCCUCUCCCUCGGUCACGGCUACAUCAAGGCCGCGAAUCACAUUAUGGGUUUCCCUAAUCACUCGUCCAGUCAAGCGCAGCUGCCUCCCCUGUCACCACACAACUACGCCUACAUCUCCAACAGGGUGCCUUACCCCAUGGCCUUGCAUCUGAACCUCCUGAACAUUGCCCCGCACGGGACCGCUGCUAUACAGAGACACUAUGGUGAGGAGGAUCCGGAGAAGGAGCAGAGGGUGAAAGAGAUCGAACUGCUGCUCAUGUCGACAGAAAAUGAGCUGAGAGGCCAGCCAUCACUACCAAUGACUUUGCCCUAUCCAAGCUGGGCUAGCCAGAGCUGCCUGACCAACAGUCCGGACGGUGUGGCUUUGUUGCUACCUCAUCACCAGGCUGCUGCCCCCGCCCUGCCCCUCGACCAGAGCUGCCUGCCGGAGGAGAGCGCCUCGGCAGCACGUGCCCAUGCCAACAGCAGCCGCAACAACAACAACAACAACAACAGCAACAGUCAUCACAGCAGCCCAACGUUUUCGAAUACUCUUCCGGAAUUCAUGGAAUCUGUCAUUGAUUCAUUUCUCAGCCAGUCGAUGAGCCCAGGACACUCGGACAACGACAGCUUACCGAUGGAGUCCAAGCCUCAGAUCGACCCCUCGCUCAGGCCACAGAAAGAGAAUGAAAUGUUCAGAACGCCAAACAUUUGCCGUUCUAUCAUGGAGUCGUCACCUCGCACACCCACGCCGUUCAGGUCGGCUCUGGCCCUGCAUGAGGCCAAGUACGGACCCCUCAAACUACUGAAUACCCAUUUGGAACAUCAGAUGGUCAACUCCAUCAAGCAGGAGCCGAUGGAGUGUGCCAUCGAGCAGCCUCCUCUGAAGAAGAUAAAACAAGAGGUGGAGUCCCCGUGUGAGAGGAGCCCGUGUAUGCAGUGGGAAGCACAAGACCUUCACACGCAGCUCUUCUCACCCAACGGACCCGCACAGGAAGUACCUGACCUACUUUCCAGCUCAAUAUUGAGUGAGGAAGGACACAAAACCUACGACGUCCCUCGCAGAACCCUGGGCAGCCCACUACAGCAGCUCAGUACCUGGGAGCAUGCAACCUGCGGGAAAACAGAGGAGCACGUUCUGGCGUCAGAGCAGAGCCACAAGUACAUUAACACUUAUCCUACAAGGACACUGGUCAUGUAG